AGUUUGACUUUUAGAAUAAUUAUAGAGAUUAAAAUUUCUAAAAAUGUACAGUCUAGUUAACUUAAAUCGAACGUAUAAUCCCAGAAGUAACAACAUUUUAUGUGACAUAAAAGAAUUGUUAGUAUCGCGUGACACGGCAACUCAAAGCAAAGCUUGCGAUUACAUUAUCGAAGUAUUAAGCGCGUACAACUACAAUUCAAACGAAAGGAUUAGCACAGUUCAAUAUUUAUUGAACAAUGAAAUAACUAUAUUUCUGUGUGAAGCAACUUCUAACUUGGAUUUUUCGCUCUUUCGGUCGGUUCUCCAGUGCAUCCGCCUGCUCUGGCAUGAAGUUAGCUUCUUUUCGGACGUGCAUGCGGCUGACUGCAUGGCCGCGGUGACACGGGCCCUAGCUCAUUACACUGCCACCGACGCUUUUACUGCUGUCGAUGUGUGCUUGCACUUUAUCUGCGAACUCUUGGAAGGAGUGAAAUCUAAUAAAACCACACCACCCCUAUCGCACCAGACACCUUACUGCACAGAACAGCUCUUAGCUUGCUUUACCACAUUAGCCGAUAGAAUUCGAGGCAAAACCAACUCAAUAAUUUCAAGCGCUUUAGUGCUGCAGAUGUUGAUAUCAUACCAGCCAGAUGAGCUAGAUCUCAAGGGCUGUGUAGCUAAUCUGCUUGUGGAAGUUUUAGAAAAAUGGCUUGAAAUUCUCAUAGGGGGGCUCAAUCAUAUAGUGCUGGUAGGAGUUGGUGGGGAAGUGGGUACGAUGCUGAUAGUCACGUGUGAACUUGGAAUUGAUAUGCUGAGGCUCAUCGGUGUACUUGAGAAAAGCAGAGAACCAGUAGACUUCAUACAUAAAAUAUUAAAAGAUGAACAGGAGAAAAGUGCGCUUAGACAAUGCUCUUCAAAACUGAGACAUACGAUCCUAAAUGCGAUGAACCAGCUAGUGGUUUUUGUUAAGGAUAAUCUAGAUAUGAUAGGUAUAGAGGAAUACGGUUCUUUUCUAAAACUUCUUAUGAAUUUCUUGCAUGAAAAAGUGAAUGCUGAUGUUCUACCUGCGUUUUGUGAUGUUUUGUUUUCCAAGGGAUAUCUAAUAAUUUUACCAAAGACUCAAAUAACAAGGAACGAUGCGAUGGUUCGUAAAAUAAGCACUCUGAUAUUAGGAGAGAUGUUAAAAAUAUUAGCUGCGAAAUAUCUAACUGUUAAAGACAAUGAUAAUAUCGCCAUUUGCAAGGAUAUACACACAGGAUUAGUCGAGCUGCAAAAUGGGAUUGAAAAGCCACAAAACCUAGUUUUGCAACUACAGAAGAACGAACCCUAUGGCUUGUUGAUUUAUAUCUAUUUCUACUGCCAGUCUUCAGAGAAUCCUGAAGAAGCAACAGCAUCUUUACUACCGCAUUUAAUUGAGCACAUUUUGAGACUCCCCGAAUUUGUGAAACCUCCAGGAUACAUAAUAAAAGCUUUGUGGCUUGUUUUUGCAAUGUCAACAGUAUCAAAUGGUUCAUUGGAUUCCUUAGAUCAAAGAAUUUAUUUAGAGAAGGCAACAGACCGCCUUGUGGCGAUGUUGCUUCCAGAGCCCGAUAUCUAUUAUACACACAAUCCUGCCAUAUUGUUUUGGGCUUUCACAUCUUCAAGGAUCUCUAAUUUUGUUAGAUUACAUGUUAUGUCACAAUGGUUUAAAAUUGAAAAUACAUUACCAGUCGAUUUAAUACAAGAAUCAACAGUGUGGGAGUUACUUCUAAAUGUUUUAACAAAAAGUAAAGACGAUACAGUCUUAACAAAUUGUAUGGAAGCUAUUCACAUUUGUAUUGAAAGAGGAGAUGAAAUUGCUAAGAAAGAAUUCUCAACGUUAAUAUGGUCUUUGCUACCUGAAGUAUUGUCUAACGCAUUGAUUAAUUGUGAUGAAAUAGAAACAAAUAUUUGCUAUCUCUUAGACUUAGCAAUAACAGAACUACCUUCCAAUAUGGACCAGUCAGAGUAUUUUAAAGUAGCUGUAUUUAUCGCAACACUAUAUUCAAAAAAUAAAGUAGUCUCAAAAGAUGUGGACUUCAAAUAUCACUUCGAAUUUGUAUGCUUGAAGUUAUGUUUGCUACUUUUGGAUAUGUCCAGGAAACACAGUGAUGAUAAAGUUUUGCUCACGUACAUAAAUCGCGCUGGUUUCCUGCCCUGUGUUCUAAAAGCUAUCAACAGCUUAGAUGACAAAGUCGCCUGUACUUCGUUACAGCUUCUUACCUGGAUUACUUUCAAUUUCACCAAGAACAACUACAAGCCGAAAUCAGUUCACGAACUACAAGCCGAUGUAAUAAUAAAAUCUCUUAGACAAGACAGUGAAAAUGAACGAGGAGGUUCUUUAUUGGAACUCGUUCGCGUAAUCUUUGGCUCUGGGCCAAAUACACCAAUUGUCCUCUCUUACGAGCUGGAGGACUAUCCUUCACAAAUGCAGCAAUGUAAAGCGUUGAGGGCGCUUAUGUUUAGAAUACAGUUGAUGCUGUGUUGUCGGGACUCCAAAAACCAAUCGUCAAUUGGUUGGAAAACAUUAAACUCAAUUUUCAAACAUGCGGUCGUAAACAAAAAUGACGCGAAUUUGGUCGCAACACUAACUUCUCAACCAUGGACACACACCUUAAUCCGUUUCCAACUGACGCAAGACGUAACAACAGAGUUCCUGAUGUUUGCACAGAAUUGGCUGAAUUUACUGAAAGUGACGAUCAGGAAGGGUAAAGAAGGCACAAAUUAUUAUAUUUCGAAACACAGCCUUAUAGGAAAAACUUUGAACAUGUUGAAAAGUAAUUUGAAUGCAGAUGAAACAAAAGAAUCGAACAAAAAUGUGCUCGGUAUUAUAAAUAAUAUUAUGGAGCUCUAAGUAAAUUUAAAAAAAAAUACUGACUCAUGAGUCAUGACUGUGCAUUCGAUUCAAUUGGCUUGCAGAUUUCGAAUUAGAUGAUUUUGAUUAAAACUAUUUGAUUGAUUUUGAUUUGAC